AUGGUUCGCCACGGAAGAUUGUCGAAAGGCUGCCAGUGUGACCAGGCACGACCCCAUUGCAAUCAGCGCCUCAAGUCUGGCUGGAAGUGUCCACAGUACGAUGAUUCAGUAGAGCGCAUUACUUUACUCUGUCACCCACACGCCCCCAAGAUUCCAAGCCAGGUCAUACAAACUAUAGAAUGUCAUGCAAUCGACUUCUUCAUGUCAACCCAUGCCUUCCAAGAACACGGUCUCAUCCGAGGUCACUACGAGUAUCUUUCUGCUUUCAAAGACGAUGUCAUGGCCAAUAAGAGAGUCCUCACAAGCUUAAAAGCCGUCGCGCUCGCUGCAUACGCCUCCAGACGGUAUUACGUUUCGUCUCUUCGAUAUAUCAAUUCCGCCUUGUCAUCCCGUCGAGAAGCAGCAGAGGAUGGCACAUUAAUCUCAAUAUUAUUCCUUAAUACCUUCGAGGCUCUCACUUGUGAAAUCAGAGACUCGCUAUAUCACAGGGAAGCUCAUCUUCGGGGCAUAUCGACCAUUGUCGAGCUUCGAGGAGCUAGCUUGUUUCGGUCUCGUCGCGGACUUCAAUUAUUUCGACGGGUGUUUCUAUGUCUCUCGGUGAGCUGUCUAAUGCAUUUGGUUCGGAUGCCCACGGGGUUAGUCAAGCUGCACCGUUCCGCCGCUGCUUAUAUGGAUGCAGACGAUCCGGCAUGGAAAUUGUCCGAUAUCAUGGUUAAAUUAGCUUCUUUUCGCACAGACGUAAAAAGCCAUGCAAUGAGUGAUUCAACCAGCAUCAUAGAAGCUGCCAAAUAUGUCGACCGCGAGCUUCACUCCCUCGCAGAGCAAAUGCCUCCCAGCUGGCAAUUCCAAACAAUCGACAUCGCGAAAACAUCCGACCUUGUCAUGGAAACGCAAUACCACAUUUAUCCAGAUGUAUGGGUCGCAGCCAUAUGGAACAACAUCCGCACAUGUCGCCUACUUCUUCAUCUGGAAAUAAAAUCCCAACUGGAAUCAAUACUAGACACAUCCCCACAUACCUUCUCCCUCUCAGACGCCUUCCAGCAUCAGCAUUCAGCCAUCACCAUACAACAACUCAUCUCGAAUAUUUGCGCUUCAGUCCCUCAAUAUUGCGGCCAUUUACCGCUUCUCUCUGGAGAGUCCUCUUUAACACAGCCGGCCACACUGCUGCAAGAUACCUCCAACCACCACCCCCCGGGCGGUAUCCCCAUCACAGCAGGCAUCUAUCUCCUCUUCUGGCCACUGCUCAACGCCGGCCAAAUCACCUAUCGAUAUAUUGGCGACAUGACUGGAAUCCAGCAGGCUUUUGUUCUGGGGGAUAUAGUAAAGGCUGGCGUGGAUCCAUUCAAGUAG